AUGGCAUCCGCAACUCGUCUCCCGCUCAAAUCAAUCGCGUUUACGACGGCCGUGGUAGCCGCAGCGGGAAUCUCUCAUGUCAACAUACAAAAAUUACUCUCAGAUGUCUUUACGGGACCGGGUAGUUAUUCGCGGAUUGCAGCUACGGUUGUUAUUCUAGCGAAUUUGAAAAGUUUUCCGGGAGUUUGGCAUUUCCGAGUCUGGAACGCCAUCCUCAAACAUCUCAUCUUCACCAUCCCCAACAUCCCCUCCGAACUCGGUCCCGCAUCGCUCUUCCUCCCCGUCAUAACCACCUCUCAUGCUCCCCUCUGGGAAUGCGAUUACAACCUACAUAAAUCGAAUAGUACCUAUUUUUCCGAUCUCGACGUGACGCGUUCGCAUAUCAUAUGCUGUCUUCUCGAACCGGGCAUUCACGCUCUGCAAGCGAAUCUCAAAAACAAACUCGUGCUAGAUAAGGAAGGGAAAGCGGUGCGCGGAAGAUGGGGAAUUAUGCUCGGAGGCGUAAUGUGUAAUUUCAAGAGGGAGAUAGGUAUUUAUGAGAAAUAUGAGAUGUGGAGUCGGGUAUUGUGUUGGGAUCGUAAGUGGAUUUAUGUGGUGACGCAUUUUGUGAAGAGGGGGACGGUGAGGCCUAGAGGGUUUGUGUUGGGAGAUGGAAGUUGGCUUGGGGGUGGAAAUGCGAGGUUUGAGGAGAGGGAUGGUGAGGGGGAUGCGGUCGAGGUGGAUGAGAAAGCGAUUUUUGCAAGUGCGGUUAGUAAGUAUGUGAUGAAGUUGGGACGGUUGACGGUUCAUCCAGAGGUGGUGUUGAACGCUAGUGGGGUAUUGCCCGAGAGACCGGGAGGUUGGCAUAGUAUGGCUAAUUCGGGGGUUUCGACGCCGGAAAUGGAUGAGUCGUUUGUGGAGGCGAAAGUUGAGGAUGAGGAGGUUAAGGAGGGGGGAAAUGGAAAUGAAUGGAAUUGGGAGAGAGUUGAGAGGGAAAAUAAAAGAGGAUUGCAAUUUGCGGAACACUUUGCUGCGAUGGAAGGGUUGCAUCAGGAGUUUACGGGAAGUCAGGGACCAGCGUUGGGUAAAUAUAGAGAUUUGCUGUGA